AUGGUCAUGCCACUGCCACAGACUACUCGCCAGUACUACCUUCCCAAGUUCGAUGGCGUUCAUAACCUCACAAUGCGAGAAGCAGUGGUCACUCCGCCGAAACACUCUGAGGUACUAGUCAAAAUACACGCCGCUUCACUUCAGUUCCGAGAUUUACUACUCGCCAAGGGGAAAUAUCCUGUUCCCGCGAUAAAAGAGAAUGUUGUACCGCUUUGCGACAUGGCGGGGGAAAUUAUUGCUGUUGGCGAUGAGGUCGAGGAAUGGAAGGUCGGCGAUCGUGUUUGCGCGAACUUCUGGGUGGACCAUAUCUUCGGCGAGUUCAAGUCGGGCUAUCUACUCAGCGCAUUGGGCGCUCCCAUUGACGGCGUGUUGACUGAAUAUAAGGUCUUCCCUGUACACUGUCUAGUGCGCGCUCCGGACCACUUGUCCUACGAGGAAGCAUCCACUCUACCAUGUGCUGCUCUCACUGCAUAUACUGCCCUGCAAGGAUCAAUACCGGCCAAGGGCGGCGACACCGUGUUAAUCCAAGGCACAGGCGGCGUGGCCAUCUUCGGCUUGCAAUUCGCCAUCGCCUUGGGUGCAACUGUCAUCGCGACGUCGUCGUCGGACGCAAAGCUCAAGGUCGCAGCGAGGCUCGGCGCGAAACACUUAAUCAACUACAAGACCAUGCCGGACUGGGACGAGGAAGUGCUGAGAAUUACGAACGGUAGAGGCGUGGACCACGUCAUUGAGGUUGGCGGCUCGGGGACCCUGACCAAGUCGCUGAAUAGCGUUUGUUAUGGAGGCUCAGUGCACGUCGUGGGAGUUGUCGCUGCGGAUGGCGACAUUAGCACACUUCCUCAGCAAGUCAUGUUAAAAAAUGCUUCUUUGCACGGUGUCAUCGUUGGGUCUCGAGUCCAAUUCGAAGCUAUGAACCGCCUUAUUAGCGCGAACCUCAUCAAGCCCGUGGUGGACAAGGUGUUCCCCUUUGAAGAUGCACAGAAAGCGUACGAACACCUUGAUAGUCAAAAGCACGUAGGGAAGGUCGUCAUCAAGAUUUCCAAGGAUUAA